CGCUCGCUCACCGACUGCAUUCGGCCGCAGUGAUCGCCGACUCGCUGACUAGUUACGAGUGCGAUUCGAGAGCGGACGGUUGUUAUAGCCGCACAAAGUUUUUAAUGUGUGCAUGAACGCGAGGCACGGAGCUGCCAACAACGAAACAUCGGAAUCAGCGUGAGAUAAAAUAUGCUCCAAGCUCUGACGACGACGCACGAAGAUUUGUGAUUAUAAUUCGAAAGCACCGGGUGCGAGACUUUGAAAAGUUGUGAAUUGCGCGCGUUGCAUCGAAACGCGGCAAAAGAGAAAUGUGCUGAGGAUUUGUGCACGCUGAACGGAAGAAAGCAAAGAUUGGAAAAGAUUUCCGAAGCAUUCGAGCGGCCGUUUUUAUCAGUGAUCCCGCAUCGUAUGGUAAUGCGCCACGGCGAUGUCCACUCGGACGACAAAACCAUCCUCGGGCGUUGCGCACGUUGGGAAGCGUAACGAAUUAAAUAAAUAAAUAGUAAUAGGAGCCAUCUUCAAUUGGCACCCGUGUUCGACACAGUACAAAACCACAACAUCAACAAAGCCGCGCAUCUCCAGUACAAUAGCGGCGACAGUGCCUGGAUAUUUGUUUGCUACUCAACACGCUCGCCAACGCGCGCGAAAGCUUCUUAAGUCUAUUUGUGGCCAUUUUUAUUAAUAACCAAACAAACCGUGUGGCGGGACGUGAAAAUCGCUUGUCCGCAAAGAGCGCAACAAACGCGAAGCGCGCCGCGCCGCCCGACGAAGAUUCUAUUUUAAAUGCGAUAUUUACAUGCGAUUAGUGAUUAUCAUACGCACACACAUAUGCGUUUAUCAGCGAUAAAGUGCGUUGCUUUUAACGCGCGCGUUGCGCUAAAAGCGCUCAGCGCUGGUUGCGUGCGCAACGUACGAAAUUGAAAUCGAAACGAAGUGCGAUUAUCGAAAAAGCCCAGCGAGAGUGCGCCGGCGUGCGAAAAGAAGAACGCGCGGCCGCACAAGAAAUUCAUUGUUUACUGUCAGCGCUCGCGCCUCGAUUAUUUUCUCGCGUUCUCGUAUUUCUCGAGCGCAGCAAAGGCCGAGUAUCGGGUUGGCCGCUAAUACAACAAAAUACGCCGCGACGAACUCGAAGCGCUUUCGUCUCUCUGUGUGUUGCUGCUGCUGCUUGUUAUUAUUAACUAUACAACUAUAAAUCACGUGAUGUUUGUGCGCGACGCGUAAUUCAGUGUGUACUUAACAGCGGUGGCCGGGCGCAACAAACGCCCGCACGCUCAGCCGCGCACUUGAGAAAUCUCAUGCUAAUUUGUGCUAAGUUUUCGCGACACCAUCGCGCCGAAAUUCACCGCGCGCCGCCCGCUAAUCACAAUAUCUAGUACUAAUAACGAACGCAAAGAACAGCCAGUUGUUUUACUCCUUGGAUCCGGUUGUUGUGAGCUGUGCGUGUGUUGUUAUUGAGAAAAUCACGUAUUUCAAAGUGGAUUAACUUUCCGAGCAACAGCGUCAAGGCAAGAAAAUCGUCCGGGUUACGACCCGGAGUCGCGUCGACAUCUCACAUCACAACUAACACAUGGUGAUCAAAGCAGGUUCUUAAGAGCGCGGGCCGGUCAUGCGCCUCGGUCCGGCCCUACUGGUCGCGCUUCUACAACUCGUCAUCAUCGCCCGGGCCGUACCACAUGACGAGGACGACGAUGCAGCGAAAACGACGGCCGCCGUCGAUGAGGACGGGGCGCUCUCGCGACAAGCUCCCAGCGCCUCCGACGCACCCUGGCCGCACAAGGACGAACGCUUCAACAAAUUGGACGGGCCUCACACACCCUACCAAAUCCUGCAUUCUCCUGAUACGACCAGCGUCAUGCAGCGUCCCCACAAAAAUAUCUCUUCCGAAAAUUACAAAACGACUGAGCCACUGAACAAGAAGACCAAGCUGACUAUCGGGUACCUUACUGCGGCUAAAGGUGGGCUCAAAGAGAGGCAGGGUUUGGCCAUAUCGGGUGCGCUUACAAUGGCCAUCGAGGAGAUUAAUAAUGAUACCAACUUACUACCGAAUGUGACUCUGGUGGUGCGCUGGAACGAUACGAAGGGAGAUACUGUAACGGCAACGCGUGCAAUGACGGAUAUGAUAUGCGACGGAGUCUCGGCGUUCUUUGGGCCCGAGGGUACCUGUCACGUUGAAGCCAUCGUUGCACAAUCGAGAAAUAUACCGAUGAUUAGUUAUAAAUGCUCUGACUAUAAAGCGUCGGACGUGCCGACGUUUGCCAGAACCGAACCGCCAGAUACCCAAGUAACGAAGUCUGUGAUAUCGCUAUUAAAAUACUAUGACUGGAAAAAAUUUUCUAUAAUCUACGAGGAGGAGUGGCAAACGGUCGCAUCGUCUUUGGUGAAGGAGGCUAAGGCGCGCAACAUGACCAUCAACGAUGUGCGAUCUCCGAUGGACAAGUACAAAUGCUGCGAACUCAAUCUACCGUGCUGUUUAAGCGGCUAUUGGUUUCAAUUUAUUCAGGAUACUAAAAACAAAACGCGAAUUUACGUGUUUUUGGGUUCGACAAUGUCGCUCAUAGAACUGAUGACUACAAUGCAUACGGCACAACUGUUUGAAAAAGGGGAAUACAUGGUAAUCUACGUCGAUAAAAACACUUAUUCCGACAAGGAAGCACACCGAUAUCUGUGGAAACCCGAAGUUCUAUCCAAAUACAAUUCGUGCCACGAGCAUCAGCAUAAUUUCGACAAACGCGGCAAGAGUUUAUUCGUAAUAGUACCGACUGCCCCGACCGAUAAUUAUGAAAAGUUUACGGAAAGGGUGCGCGAGUACAACACAAAAGAACCAUUUAAUUUCCCAGUGCCAAAAAUAUUUCAAAGCUACAAUAUCCAAAAGUUUGUUUCUAUAUACGCGUCCUAUUUGUACGAUUCGGUGAUAUUGUACGCCACUGCAUUGAAUGAGCUGCUUAAGCGCGAAACGAUGUUAACGGAUAAGCUCAUCGAAGAGGUGGCGAACAACGGAACGAAAAUCGUCGAAACUAUAAUUGGAUUGGGUUCGUACAAAAGUAUAACAGGAGCAACGAUGAAAUUAGAUAGAAACGGCGACUCUGAGGGAAACUUUUCCGUCUUGGCGUUCACACGUUUAUCCAAUCCACAGGAAUACGCUGUCAAUAACAAUUUCACGUGUUUGUAUCAGAUGCGGCCGGUCGGCCAAUUCCAACAAGGCGAAUUUCCAGAUUAUCAAAUCUAUCCGAAUGUAAAAAUCGAAUGGCCCCAAGAUUCGCGACCCAACGACGAGCCGAGUUGUGGUUUCAACAACGAAAUGUGCCAGAAGAGCGACUCACAUAUGAACAGCAUAAUUGUGGCCGGCACCCUAGCUAUCGUUCUAUUCUGUGCAUGCGUCAUCACGAUGAGCAUCUACCGAAAGUGGAAGAUCGAACAGGAAAUCGAAGGGUUGCUGUGGAAGAUCGACAAAAGCGACUUGACCAGCUACUUCGAUCGCGACAUGCUCACGUCGCCUAGCAAAAUGAGUCUCUAUAGUGUCAGCGCGACUUCGUUUGAAUCCCGUGGAGGUGCUCAGGUGUUUGCUCGAACCGUCCAAUACAAGGGGCUCGUCGUCCGCAUCAAGGAGUUGACAUUCACGCGAAAGAAGGACAUCUCACGUGAUGUAAUGAAGGAAAUGCGAUUACUACGAGAACUGCGGCAUGAUAAUAUCAAUUCGUUUAUUGGCGCAUGUGUCGAACCAAUGUCGAUUUUACUAGUCACUGAUUAUUGUGCCAAAGGAAGCUUAUACGAUAUUAUCGAGAACGAGGACAUCAAAUUGGACAAAAUGUUUAUCGCAUCUUUAGUCCACGAUCUCAUUAAGGGCAUGAUGUACAUCCACAAUUCCAUGUUAACAUAUCAUGGAAAUCUUAAGUCUUCGAAUUGCGUGGUGACGAGCAGAUGGGUGCUGCAAGUGACCGAUUUUGGUCUUGCCGAAAUGCGACAUUGGGCCGAAAGCGAAAACGUUGGCGAACACCAGUAUUAUAGAAGUUUGUUAUGGAAAGCUCCAGAAUUUCUUAGAAAUCCGAAUGCGUAUAUUAAAGGCACCCAGAAAGGCGACAUUUAUGCGUUUGCCAUUAUCUUCUAUGAAAUUAUUGGUCGAAAGGGGCCUUUUGGUUCAACAGACUACGAACCACGAGACAUAAUUGAGAAAGUGAAAGAAAUUCCAAUUGAAGGUCAGGAACCAUUUCGACCCGACUUAAAUUUGUUACUAGAGACAAUGGAACUUGUAAAUCCUUCAGACGGUUAUGUCCUUCAAGUAAUGCGAGAUUGUUGGGCGGAACGGCCAGAAGAUAGACCAGAUUUCCAUGUUGUACGGUCUAGACUGAAGAAAAUGAAAGACGGAAAGAAUCGAAAUAUCAUGGACCAAAUGAUGGACAUGAUGGAAAAAUACGCCGAUCACUUGGAGGAUCUAGUCACUGAGCGCACGCAAUUGCUGCACGAAGAAAAAUUGAAAACAGAAGAUUUGUUACAUCGUAUGCUACCGAAACCUGUUGCUGAACGCCUGACAAUGGGUUACGGAGUUGAACCGGAGUGGUUUGAUUUAGUCACAAUUUAUUUCAGUGACAUCGUCGGCUUCACGGCGAUGUCUGCGGAAAGUACCCCUUUGCAAGUAGUUAAUUUCUUAAAUGAUCUCUAUACAGUAUUUGACCGCAUCAUUAAAGGAUACGACGUUUAUAAAGUUGAAACAAUCGGUGAUGCAUACAUGGUGGUUUCCGGCUUGCCACUGCGGAACGGCGAGCGUCACGUAGGUGAAAUUGCGUCCAUGUCAUUAGACCUUUUGUCGGCCGUAAAUAAUCAUUCAAUAUCGCACAGACCCAACGAAACUCUUAAACUACGUAUUGGUAUCCACACAGGACCCGUUGUGGCUGGCGUUGUUGGAUUAACCAUGCCACGUUAUUGUCUAUUCGGGGACACGGUGAACACCGCCUCGCGAAUGGAGAGUAAUGGAGAGCCAUUAAAGAUUCACAUCAGUCCACAGUGCAGGGAUGCAUUAGAGAAACUUGGUGGGUAUGUUGUGGAGGAACGCGGUUUGGUGGUCAUGAAAGGCAAGGGUGAAGUGAGAACGUAUUGGCUGCAAGGAGCAACCGAGAAUGCAGUGCAACGACGGGAGGUGGACCUUGGCGAAUUGCCGCCGCUUUUCUGUCGACCUAGGAAAAGUCCCAAACUGAACACGGAUAGUCGGCAAGCGUCCUUCUGUGGCAACCUUGGUGGUUUUGGAGGGUUGAACAGCCGUCGGCAUUCCAGCGUACCAAGAGAUACAUAUUGCUGUGAUAAAGGAGAGAAUUGUUUACAAGGUGCCAGCAUAGAUGUGGAUAGCUCGUCAACGUUGCACAAUGCUAGUCCGGUACCUUCGCGCAUUCCGUUCCGCAAUCGGCACGUGCUACAGGUGCCCGACGGCGGGUCAAAAGGGACGCUCAACAACUCUACGUUCGGUAGUCAACUGAUUGAACCGGGCGAUGUGACGAAGGACGGACUUCGACCACGUCGUGCGCUGUCAAGCAUUGCGUCCAGUUCUGAUGAUCCGCACAAGAGUCAAACAGUACUUACCAAAGUGCGCGAGUGCAAAUCUUUGGACCCGUUGCCGUUUAUUAAACCUAAGGGUAAGAAGUUUGUGCCAACUCUGAAACGCAGCGAACCCGUGUUGACCGACUUUGAUUGUGGCGACUCGAGCAUCAAGAUCAUUGCGAUACCUGAUGACAAACCCCUGAAUAACAACUGUCCGAACGGUAACGCCAUAUUAAGCCACGAGGACAGUUUGUAUGAAGACGCCGUUAUGCCACUACUGAAAGAGAAGCAACAGGUAACAAUUCAGCGGCGCCGCAGCGGUAGUUUUGAGGGCUGUGACGACAGCGCGUCGAAAAAAUGGCGAUCACUAGACUGUGUGUCGGGUACAUGUCCACAGUCUAACAACGUCGAGGAACCGAAAAAGAACCUUGGCACGAAACUGCGCUGGUUGAAUAGUCUUUUCAACGGAAACGGAAUGAGAUCUAGUAAUUCGUCGCUGCGAAAGGGUGUUGCCCCCGUUAUGGACUACAACAGUUUGCAAGCGGAGAAUGAAAGUAUAGUAUAAGGUGUAACGUUUAUAUGAUUGAUCUACUUCAAUUUGCAAUUUGCAUUUGGGUUGGUACAAAAAACGAAUACAUUUGUGUUUGCUGUGGAAACUUGCAUUUACAUUUUGCACAAGAUGAGGAUGUUUGCAAAGUGAACAUUUUUCCAACUAAAAUUGCCUGAUAUACUAAAAUGGAUAAUUUGCCAAUUCAUCAAGGGCCCUGAAUAAUUAACAACAUUUCAAUUUUAAUUAUUGUUGAAUUGGAUAAAUAUUGGAUAGUCACUUUAUAAUGUAAUUAACUUUAAAUUCUUGUUGUUCGUUAUUGUUGGUUGAUGUUACAGAGGAAAAAUGAAUCCUUUAUAACUUGAUGUGCUUAAUGUUUUAAAGAUGUAUUUAUCAUCCAUUCAAAAAAAAAAAAACGUAUAUUAUCGUGCAAGUUCAAAGUUAUUAAUGUUAAAUAGAGCAACUUGAUUAUUGAUUAGCUCUCUAACAAUCUUGGCAAAUUUAAUAAAUUUGGACUUGUUUAAUAAUAUCGCAGACAAAAUUUGAUUAAAUAAGUAAUUGUGAAAAUAUUUGCUUUAUCUAAUGGAAUAUAACACGGUUUUGCCACAACAUUGUCGGAAAGGCAAGUUUCAAAAUCUUGGUUUGUCAAUUCUAUUUUAAUGCGGUCUUAAAUUGUAUGCAACGUUUUAUUUUCGACGCUUUGACAAUUCGUCCCAAAAUUUUCAAUGAUUUUUACGAGCGUUACCAAUUUUCUUUUAAAUUAACCAGAUUUAAUUAUAUAUGUACAACUGAAAUAUGAAUAAUAUCAGCAUGUGCAAAUUUUUAUGUAUUUACAAAUUCAAUGUGAUUUAAUUUACUCGAAUGGUUGAAUGGAUAACUUAUUCUGGUUUAAUGUAGGGAAUGCCAGAUAUAUACUGCUACAAUUAUGGUAUGAUCAUUAAUACGUCAAAUACUUCUACAUACAAGGAAGCGUUACUCUAAUUUAAUAUUUUUGUCUGAGCCUGAUAGGCACAUCCACUAUUCUACAGUAACUAAUUUUACAUUAUGAUAUAGGCGUUAAAGAGAAGGGGCAAGUUGCUUGUUUUUUUGAAAUGGCUGUGACUUGUUCAUUUGUACAUAGAUAAAAAUUUUCCUCUGUCUCUUUUGUGUUAACAUGUUUGCUCGAUUUUAUUGCUUAUUUUCGCACGUCAUAUCUAUGUUUAUUAUUUUGUAAAGACCAUAAUAGAAGUAAGAGUAUGGAUUCUUGAUAAAGUGAUUUUGCAAAUAUGUUAAAUAUAAAAUGUAAUGAAAAAAAAUUAGAUAAUAUCUGUGCCAUUAACUUAUUAUUAAUAAAUUAAAAACACGUGUAAAUGUAUAGGUGCAUAAAAAUAACGAAAAAACAUGUUUGUGGGGCAGUAUGAGGAGGAGAUUAUACUUUAUGUAUAUAGAAAUUAAUUAAGUGUUAAUUAAGAGACGGUAAAUUGAAGAAGACAAAGCAUGAUUGUGUAAAUUUAAUGUCAUCUUAGAAUAUUGUUGAAAUAAAUACGCAUAUUUAUUUAUUAA